GAAGUGCAGCGCGCAUGUCAGAGCGGCGCCUUGACAAAGGAACCGGAUCAGGUGGAGAUCCGCGGUUCCGAGGCCGGCCGCCGGGCCUCUGGGGCCGGUUCUGGCUGACGGGUCCAUCCGGCCCGAGAAGCUGCAGCGGCGGACCCGCGGAGCUCAGAGGACACGGUACCGGAACCGGGAUUUAGAGCGAAACUUACCGUCGGUGAUGAUCCGCGUCACUCCGCUGACACACAAAACAACACGGAAACUGGAGGCUGGGAGGGCAGCACGCAUGCGCAGAGAGGAGAGUGGGCGGAGGCAGGGAGAGAGAGAGAGAGAGAGAGAGAGAGAGAGAGAGAGAGAGAGAGAGAGAGAGAGAGAGAGAGAGAGAGAUGUUCUGAUUGAGAUAACAAAGAACCCUCAGAACCAAGAACCUACAGAACCAAGAACCUACAGAACCGGGCUGCUGGAGCCCAGCUGUGUAGCCAGAACCAGUCGGGCUGAUCUGGGUUCUGUCACAGACUGAAUCUGGAACAUUUAUUUGUUCAGAACCAGAACCUGACCCAGUUCCUGGUUCCUGUAAACCUGCAGAGUUCUGGUUCUGAGAACACAGAGGGCUCUAUCCUGAGCUGGACCCAGAACCAUGUAGCUGCAGGGAUUGGUGUUCUGCUUGGUUCUGAUCCAGAACCCGGUGCUGGUCAGGACUGUGGCAGCAGGGUUCUGGAUGAAUUCUUUAGACACCGUUCUAUUACAAUGCUGCAGCAGUUCUCCCGGUUCUGGUCCAACAGGACUCCUUUAUUCUGUUUGAACUCCACCAAGGCGUUCGAACAGAACCUUGGUGGUGAACUCCGGUUCUGAUCGGGUCUGGACUCUUGCGUCUCACUGAGAGUGGACCUCGUACUGUGGGAACAUGUUUGGUUCUGCUGGUUCUCUGGGUCAUGGUCCAGAGCUGCAGAACUUCUGCUUUUAUGCCGUGAUGACCCGUUCCUGUGAUCAGGUUCUGGAUGACGCUCCGGUACCGCUGGACUCCAUCUCAUCCUGAGCAGAACAGAACCGGCUCAGCAGCAGGUGGCGCCGGGUCCAGUGGGCCAGCUGUCCGGCGCUCCCAGCUGGGAGCUCCUCCCCUGCUCCCCCUCCCUCUCCCCCUCCCUCCCCUCCUCCCUCCCUGCGUCUCCCUCAGAGGCGAGGAGCAGCUGGACCGAGCGGAGGGAUUCUGGAACGGGUCGCCUGGCGCUGAGACUGGAGGUGUUUUCAUCUGUCCUGAGCUGAAGUGAUGUCACCCGAUCCAGCCGAGCUUUAGCAUCCGAGCCACUGAGACGGCUUUAUGGACUCAUGGGACGUCCCGCAGACCUCACUAUGACUGGACACGGAACCGGACCGUCCCAGAUCCACUGUCUGAUUCUAAGCCCACGAUUCAGCCCGGACCUCUUUAGAUGCAGAACUGAAGACAUGCAAACUGAGAACUCCCUGAGAUGUUUGCAGCUGAUUUAACGUGCGUCUGCUGAACAAUAACCAGGUCCGGUUACGAUCUGAGGACCUGAGUGAAAACACUCAUCGGUGAUUGACCAACAGCGUCCAUUUCCUCCUAAUGGAGCCAGAGCAGCAGAAGCAAACGUCAGCCUUAGCAUCCCAUCCUGCCCUCCCCUGGGAACCAGAACCAUUAGCCUACACACACACACUUCCUGUCAAAUGCUUCAUGAAUAUUUAAGUACAGCUUAACUCUGGGCCUACAGAACCCACAAAGUCUGAACACAGAUCUGCAGCCACAGCCUGGAAACCAGAUUUCACACCUUCAGGUCCAGAUAUCCGCUCCUAGAACUGGAAACUUAACCUUCAGCUCCAGAGUUUGUGUUCUGUAACGUUCUCUGAGGGAUGCCUGACAGCAGAAGGAUGUUGUCCCCUCAUUCUGCUACUGCUGUCCCCACCUCCUCGAACCCCCCUCCACCUCGCACAGCAACCUCUGACCCCCGACAAGUUACCAUGGACACCUACUGGAGAGAAGUUCAGAGCAUCGAGGAGGAGCAGGAGGGGCAGGAGGAAGAGGAGGAAGAGGAGAGGAAGAGCAUGGAUGGUGAGUGGAACGGGCCAACAGGUGAGACCUCGUCCAGUGUGUGUCCUUCAUGUCUGUUUGGUGCAGAGGUGGAGCUGGACGAGGCGUGGCUGACGGAGGCGGGGUUGUCCUCCCUGGUGGUGGGCUCCUCAUCAACGGAGGCACCCCCCGCGGCGGAGGCGGUGCUCGCCACACUGACACGGCAGCAAGCCGCCACCGUGAAGAAGAGGCUGGACAACUACAACGAGACACUGAGGAAACGCAACCGGCAGUCCAUCAGGGACGUGCGAGACGUCUUCACUGAGCCUGACGGGGACUCUGCAGGCCACGGCCCGUUCCCGACCCAACGCCAUCCCGAGUCACCGCCCAGGAGGUACCACACCACAACCAAGACCAUCCGCCGCAACACCAACAGAGGGCGGUCCACUCUUCCCAUGUUUGUCUUUGAGGAUCAGCUGCCUGAAGACCCAUCAUCCCCCGCCCUCACCCCCUCCCCCUCCUCCCCCAACACGUACCCGUCCCCGCUGAGUCAGGUGAGACGUGCUGAUUGGCUGCUGCGGGACACGCCGUACUCGGAGGGCGUGGCCGAGCACAAACGGGGCGGGGCCUGCAGGGACUGUGUACGGUUCCAUGGAGACGAGAACAGGGAGGUGCAGUUCGCUCCCGUCUCGCCGUCACACGCCCUCACCUGUGCAGACGACCUGUCAUCACGUGACCUCACACGGCUCGGUUUCAUCGCUCACAUCGAGCUCUCCACCUUCCUGCUGGCUCUGGGUGUCCAAACCAAACGCAGCCGCCCGCCCCACCGCCGGACACGGGACGGCGGCGUGUUCGGCGUCUCUCUGACCUCGCUGUUGGACAACGACAGGAAGACGUUUCCCGGAGUCAGAGUUCCCGUCUUCUUCCAGAAGCUGCUGGGCGUCUUGGAGCAGAACGGCCUGCAGACCGAGGGAAUCCUUCGAGUUUCAGGAUCCGCUGCCAAACUGAAGGCGCUGCGCAGGGAGCUGGACCGCUGCUGGAGCGUCUUUGAUUGGACGGAGGUGCGCCCGGUGGACGCCGCCGGCCUGCUGAAGCUCUUCAUCAGAGAGCUGCCCACGCCGCUGCUGACGCACACGCACCUGUCCACCUUCUGCUCGCUGCUGGGCGUGUCCUCAGAGGUCCAUCAGGUGCAGGCGCUGCAGCUGCUGCUCGUGCUCCUCCCUGAAGCCCACAGGAACACCUUAAAGGCCCUGCUGGUCUUCCUGCGUAAGGUCGUCUCGCAUGAGGACCACAACCGCAUGACCCUGUGGAACGUCUCCAUGGUGAUGGCGCCCAACCUCUUCACCCGCUGUAACCGUGGAAACAAGCGCUCCGUGGCCAAGCAGCGGGGCGAGAUGGAGGAGGCGGUGGGCGGGGCUCACCUGAUCCGGCUGAUGAUCCGGCACCAAGACCUGCUGUGGACCGUGCCCAAGUUUCUGCUGGCCCAGGUGAGGCAGAUGAACCAGGCGUCCAAUCAGAGGCAGUUCAACCUGAGCAGGACGACGUCCCGCCUGCUGAGGAGGAAGAACGAGAACAACGACAGGAACCAGAUCAGCGAGCUGUGUGAAGGGGUCAUCCGGGUCCACGCUCCGCUGCACACCAAGGUUUCCAUGGCGGUGCAGCUGGACGAGCAGACGACGGCCCGAGACGUCACCGCCCGCUUCCAGUCGGACACCAGCCCCGCCCAGCAUCUGUACGAGGUCGGAGGAAACAUCUAUGAGCGCCGCCUCCACCCGGACUGCAGCCUGCUGGAGGUGUACCGAGACAACCCGCGCUGUGAUUGGCUGGUCAGACCCUGACGAGGCGCGGUUCUGACCCGGAUGACGAUCACCUGUUGUGUUACCUGCUGAUGUGUGAAAUAAAAAGCUGAACCCGUC